AUGUCUAACGGGAACGCGGAGCAGCCCGGGGAAGGAGCGGGCGCUGGAUUCCCGGGCAAUCCGAGGGUUCCUCCAUCCCUUCCCCAGGCACCCCCGGCAUCUCCGCGCAGCUCCGCGGGCACGGCCGGAGCCGCCGGGCACCACCCCGCGCUCUGCAGCCCCCGGUGCCACCCGCAGCCCCCGGUGCCGCCCGGCUCGGGCAGCUGCGGGCGGCACGGCGACGGCGAUGCCGAGCCUCCUCCCCGCAUCCUCCGGCGGGAGAUGCCCGGCGGAGCCCCCACCCCGGGGACCCCCCGCACCCCGGCGGGCAGCACCCCCUCGCCAUCCGCCGCCACUCACCGGCCCUCGGCGCUCCGCUGCCGCCCGCCUCCCGGCUCAGGGCGGGGGGAUGCCGGCGGCCCCCGGCACCACGGAAAUCCGGGGCCGGGCGGCCGCCGCUGCCCGCAGCCCCUCCGCCUCCCCCGGCGCGGCGCGGCUCGGCUCGGCUCAGCCCCGCCGGCCUCUCAUCGCCUCCGCGGCCGCUGCCCGAGUGCGGCGAGCGCGGCUCGGCUGCGCUGCGCCCGCCCCGGCAUCCGCCCGCCGCCAGCCCGGGCGCGCUCCCCGCUCCGCGCCGGCCCCGCGCCCGGGCGCGCUCCCCGCGCCGCUCCCCGCCCGCCCCCGCGCCGCCCCCGCUCCCGCGUUAACCCUUCCCGGCCUGGGCGCCGCCAGCGGGGCUCGGCACCCCCUCCCCUCCUCACCUGCGCCCCCCUGUCCCGCAGAGCGCGGCCGAGCCGGUGCCGGGAGCGGCUCCGCGCUGGAACAAAGCCCCGCAGCGGCCGGGGCAGCCUCGCCGCGCCGCGCUGCGCCUCCGGCCCCGGCACAGCUGUGCCCCAGAGAGCCCCGCAGCUGCCCCCGCAGCUGUCCCACCUCGGGGGGGUGCAGGGAGCGGAACGGGGCUGUCGGGUCUGCCCCCGGCUCUGGCCUCCUGCGCACCCCUCGGCUCCAGUUCUGCCCGCAGGAGCGACACCUGAGCUCUGCAUUCCUCAGUUUCCCCAUCUCUGGAAGGGCUGGCAGCCUGGUUCUCUGCCAAGGCCGGGUCACUUCCAGCACAGCUAG